UACAAGUUCUGCUCCUCUCCUCCCUCUUCCCUCGGCGCAGGAGCUGCCGGAGCCUGGGCUCUGGUGUGGUUCUGUUGGGCACGGGAACUCUCCUUAGCUUGCUCCAGUGGCUGUAGCAUGUGGAUGGCUCUGGCUCCGCUGGUGACGGAGCUCUGCACCGAAGAUGGAUGAUUUAGCUCUCCUCGACCUGUUGGAGUGUCCUGUGUGCUUUGAGAAGCUCGAUGCCACCGCCAAGGUACUGCCUUGCCAGCACACUUUCUGCAAGCCCUGUCUGCAGAGGAUCCUGAAGUCUCAGAAGGAGCUUAGGUGCCCCGAGUGCAGGACCCUCGUCCUCUGCAGCAUCGAGCAGCUGCCCUCCAACCUGCUCCUCAUUCGCCUCCUGGAUGGAGUCAGGUGUGGACAAAACGUCACCAGGUUUGGCUCAAUCCAGAGGUCGGGAGUCCUGUCCUCCCCUGCCUCCAUCAGGAGAGUCCCAAGGGGCUUGCAACUUCAUCAGCACCGGCUGGCAACAAACCCCAGGAUCCACAUGGAAGGGGUCCCACGAGCCAAGGCCCUGUACACCUACCGAGGACACAACCCUGGGGAGCUGAGGUUCAACAAGGGGGACAUCAUCGUGCUGCUCCGACAGCUGGACGAGAACUGGUAUCUGGGGGAGGUCAAUGGGAUCAGCGGAGUCUUCCCAGCCAGCUCCGUGCAAGUCAUCAAGCACCUCCCCCUACCAGCACCCCUCGGCAGAGCACUCUACAGCCUUGACCUCAGGAGCAGGGACAAGCUGGAGAACAAAGACUCCCUGACAUUCCACAAGCCGAGCACCACCGCGAGGCAGCUCCUGCAGAGCGGCAAAGGCCACUGGGCGCCGCAGUCCAAGUCGGCGUCCCUGCGCACGGCGUCUCCCAAGGCCAAGGGCGCGGAGUCGCCAGCCUUCGCCAAGGGGCCCGACGCGCGCCGCAAGAGCCUGCGGCAGUUCUCCAUCACCACCGCCCUCAACACCCUCAACCGCAUGGUCCACGCGCCCGGCGACAGGCAGGCCCUGGAGAUCAGCUCCCCUGUGCUCAUCAGCUCCAGCAACCCCACCGUGGCUACCCAGAGCAGCGAGAAGGCCGAGCUCCCUUACAGCGCCCCGCUCCAGGUGAGUGCAUCUUACUACCCCACUCCAGGACCACUGGGACACUCGGCGGCCAUCGUCACCCUUCCCCACCUGCAGCAGCAGGUGUCUUCUUACAUGUGCGUGGCGCUGCACCCCUACACAGCCCAUGGCCCCGAGGAGCUGGAGCUGCAGAAGGGCGAGGGGCUCCGUGUCUUCGGGAAGGAGCAGGACGGCUGGCUGCGGGGCAUGUCCCUCGUCACCGGCAGGGUCGGCGUCUUCCCCAGCAACUACGUUGCUCCUCUCUUCAGGAAAUCCAGUCUCUCUGACUCGAAGAUGCCUUCCCUGUAUGCCUCCUGGACGCUGUCCACCUCCUCACUCUCCUCCCAAGGGAGCAUCUCAGAAAAUGGCCCGAGGCAGAGCAGGCCCCUGAAGGCAGCGCUGCUGCCUGUGCCCAUCCCCUCGCCUGGCAGGGGCACGGGCACAGGACAGGCAUCACUGCGGCGCGGCCGUGGCAGCACCAGGAAGAAUGGGUCCCUGCAGAGGCCAGGACAGGCAGCGACCCCAGUGCUGGUGGCCGGCUCCCUGCGGCGCCCUGCCAUGGCUGCGCUGCGGCCUCAGCAGCUCCAGCUCUUCCACACCAUCCCUCCAGGAGCCAGCGUGGCCGAGGCAGCAGCGAGGCCAAGCUUCUCCCAGGAGGCUUUCUCAGCAGUGGGAGGCAGAGGAGGGGAGAGCAGAAGCCCCUCAGUGUGCAGCUCAGUGAUCCUGGAUGCCAAGGAACCUCCAGCCAAGAGCGAGGCAGCCCCAAAGCCGCCAGCCUCAGCCCCUCCAUCCAUCCUGGUGAAGCCAGACACCUCCCGCAACAACGCCGAGAAGCAAGUGAAGACGGUGAGGUUCCAGAACCACAGCCCGCCACCCCCCAAGCGGCACAGCCUGCAGCCCUCGCUCAGCCUGCAGCCCUCGCCCAGCCUGCCGCGGGGCAGGACGGAGCCGGUGGCCGUGCUGGAGGCCCUGCUGCCGGAGCCGGGCCCCGAGCUGGCUCUGCUCUACUCGCCCCGGCUCGGCUGCAGCCCCCUGCCCCAGCGGCGGGCGCUGCACCCCAAGGCGCUGGCGCUGGCGCUCUCGGGGCCGCUGACCUUCCCCGGCAAGAAGAGCUACAGCAGCAUCUCUGCCAACUGAGAGGCUCAGCUCCGCUGGCCUCCUCAGCUCCUCUGCUCCCUGCUGCCAGCACCUCGGACCCCCGCCAGCCUGCUGCCUCCGCUGCUCCCCAUCCCACGGCAAGGGGCAGCUCUUCCCCGUGUCCCCACAACUCCAUGCCAGCAGCACCCUCAGGACCUGCAAGCCUCGGGGAGCAACCAAGGGAGCAGGACGGGGCAGGACACCAGCAAGCCCUGCACAGCAGUGGCCUGGCCUCAGCUGUGCUGAGCAUGGCUAGAGGAGCCCCACGGCCCCAAGCAGACAUGAAGCAGGUCUGUGGCAUCCACAGAACCGAUGUUCUUUAGUGUCCUGCAAAGCUGCCUGCGAGGAGCAGCAGGAAGGGGAAGAAAUCAUGCAGUUAUCAGAGACAUCUGAGCUGAUUUUGAUCUCCUCCCUGUUGCAGGAAAGCCCCCAGAGAUCAAAACCCAGGUUCAUUACCUUGCUGCUUCUGCAGCGUAAAGAAACCAUAAAUCAAACCCAGUCAGCUCCUGGCUGGUUUCUGUUGCCUUUUUUUCCCUUUUUUCAGGGUUGGGGUGGGUGGUUUCACUCAGAUUUUUUUUUGUUGCUGUUAGGUUGGUUGCUUCCUUGCUUUUCUGUUUGGUUUUAGCCCAGAAGUUUUAGCACAAAAUACAGUUUAAAAGAUGAUGUGGAGAGGACAGAGACACUGGAAAGGGAUGUGCCAAUGCCAUAGGCACUUGGGCUCUGCAGAAUGUCCUGCUUCUCCUCGUUGCUUGCUUUCCUCUAAGUACCCACCAGCUACCUCCACGAGCUUGCUCCAGCUCCUUCCCAUCCGCCAUCCUCUCAGACAGUGCUUUGUAAAUACCCUGGGUGGGGCUCAGGGGGUUGAGCCCGCGUUAAGGUGCAUGGGACGCUCUGUGUGACAGAGCAGGACCCGGCGCUGAUCGUGCCGCAGACCACCCCCAGCCUGCAGCUGACCCCGUUCCAAGAACCUUCCUGUGAAUCCAGGGCACAGCAGGUCUGAGCCGUGCCCUGCUCUCUGGCAAACCCUGCACAACAGCUUGGGUUUUACUGCCUGUUUGGAGACGAGCAAUUCCCAUCCCAGCCACUACCACCACCUGUCAGAUCUAACAGCAAAGGCUGUGCUUCACCCAGGACGGCUGUGAAAUCCUAUCCUUGGCUAAUUGCACACAAAAACCAUGAAAUUAACUCCACCGGUCAACAGAAGCUCUCCGAGGCAGUGGCACAGUCCCAGAGAAGGAUGUUUUCUACUGGAGCUAAGAAAGAAUGGAUAAAAUCCUGCAGCCCCUGUUGCUCUGCUCUCAGAAGCUGGUGCCUGCCUGCAGAGGUUUUCAGCAGCUCCAGCAGCACAGAAGUUCCCCAGACGGUGCUCAGUGUGACCCCAGCUGGAGCCCACUGACCAAGCAUCCCAGCCCUUUCUAGAGCUGACCUCCCCCUAGGCUGAUGGUGGCACAGGUGGCUGGAGCUACAUGAGGUCUCAUCAUGCAGCUAUAAGCACCGGCAGAGAAGCAGCAGCAGGAAAUGUAAAGCCCAGAGGAGCACUUGGCAGGGAUGUGCAUGCAGGGAAGGAAGAGCUCCUGCCUAUCACUGCCAUCGAACCAGUGUCUUCAUCUCAUGCCUAUGUAACACAGCCCAGGUCUAACUUUGGUUUGGUGAGCAGGGUGACACAGCUGGGCUCUGCCUCAGGGAGAGAACAGGGUGAUCCCAAUCCUACUCUACAGAGAAGAGCAGCCACAAGCUCCCCAGCUUCAGCAGAGCUCAGUGUCCCCAGAGAGACAGGAACAAGAUGAUGAGCUUGCUUGUUAUUAUGAAUCAAUCCUGUCCUGCAAGACCCUUUAAGGAACAAGGCCACCCUCUCACCCCCUCAUCCCAAAAUCAACAGCAAUAAGGUCUCACAUGCCCACAGGGAAGCUUGCAAAAUCCCUCAGCCCACUACAGGACACUGAAGCCUUAAGAGAAAUACAACUCAAAGCACCAGAGAUCUCUCCUGGACUUGGCACUUAACCUGCUGGGUUAUGCCAAGUGACAACGUCAGGCUGGUGGGACAGAGGAAGCUCUGACACAUCCACGGGCAGGCAGAGGAAGCACUGGCAGCUCUGGUACAAGAGCAGGCAGCUAUUUUGGGGCAGAUGUCUCAGUUCCUUGCACAGGAUAUUUCAGAGAUUUGAUGCUAUGGUGACAAGUGCCCUAAAUAUCUUCCAAGGGAGAGAGAUGCAAACAGGACCUGUUAAAGCAACAGCUCUAAUCAGUGUCCUGCUCCCACAGGUACCCCUGCCCACUGGUUCCACACUGCAGCAGCUGAGCAAAGCUGCUACAUCCUCCUCACCUUCCUUGGUGCUCUUCACCUGCCCUGGUCCUAGGAUGAGGCAUCUGGACAGUGCUAUUACACCAAGGAACAACCCAGAGAAGAGGGACCAGACAUCUAAUAUUUUUCUUCCACAAGCCCAGACUGGAGCAGAACCUCCUGGAUCCAACCUGGAGUUUUGACUGGGCAAGGCAGUCCCCAAAACAUGGUCCUUGUCUACACAGAGAAGCUGACCAUGCUGGGGAAGACAUCAACUGGGUCUGCCUGGGAGCAGUUCUCUCAGCGCACCAGGCUAAGAGCAUCUGUUCUCUCCAGCCACCUUUGCUCCACAAGCAUGAACCACCAUACUGCCACCUUGGAGCAUGAGCAAACUCCACGUUUGUUGGUUCAGCUCUGGGCUGCUGGCCCAAAGCAUGCUGCAUCUUCUGUGGGGAUCUGCUCCAAACCCCUGUCCCUCUCUGGCUGCUGUCAUCCAAUUCCUGUUUGUUUUAACUAGGUAGUGAUGAAGGAGGAGGCAUCACAUGGAUGUGGGUGAGCUUUUCAAGGGUUUCUGUUCCUUUUAUAGAUAUACUUAACUUCCCUCCUGCCUUCCCACCUUCCAGACUCUUCAGUCCAUUGCUCCAGUGAAGAGAGGUUAAACCAGCAGCGUUGCCACCCUGCCUGGUCGUUCCCGAGCUGGCCAGGAGGCCUCAUGAGGGAAGGCCAUCCCCUGUCCUUCAGCAAUAUCUCCCCUCUGCACUCUCAAUGGCAUGGAGAAGCUGGUCCAAGCUCUGGCCCUGCUCAAACACCCAAUCUGCAGUCUUCUGUUUUACCAACUAACACCUGAAGCCCAAAGCACAAAUAAAGCAGCUUUAAGAAGGCAAAACAACAGUACAGGUGUCCUGAAGCCUCCUAAGCUUCUGGAAUGAGGACAUCAUUCCUGCUGGCCCAGCUGGUGGUGCUGGGGCUGAUCCAGGCUUCCACCACCCAAAACAUCAUGGCUGUCAGGAAAGGAGCUCUGGACAAGGGCACAAAGCAGCACACAGGGACAGAGAGACCAUCAGUGACCUUUGUCUGAAGUUCUUGAACUGGGCUGAUUUUCUGUCUGCUCAUUUCUGCUGCCCAGCUAAUGAGUUAGAACUGGAAUCAAAGCACCCCUUAGCUCAGCUUUCAUUGCUUGCCUGGCCUUGGCCUAGCUGAGACCUCCCUAUGCUUCAGCAAGUGACUGCCCCCAGCCUCAGCUGCACUUGUGUCUCCUGAUGAACAACAAGCAAAGGCAGCAGGGGCAAGAAAACCAGCAUCAGCUGGUGCUCUGCACAUCCCUCAUAGAGGGUGUGCCCCUGACCUAGAAAGACACAGAGGAGCCUCCCAUCCCAACCAAAUCCAGAGCUGGAGCACUGGGCACAAAGGGCACUCUCCCACCACUUGCCACCAUGAAGGCUACAAUGAUGUUCUGUCUUAGAAGGCUCCUUCCUGCAGUGAGCCCAGGGAACAGCAGAGCCUUGCAGCUCUGUUGCUAUAAACAAGCAACCAGAAGUGACCAUUUUCACACAUACCUACUCAGAGACAGGAGGGCAUCAAGUCUUCUCUUCUUGGUGGUGGGUGGGAGGAGAAACUAAACCCCAAGCAUCUGAGUCGUUGUUGAGAGAUCUGUACAAACUGGGUGAUGCUGAAUGUUUCUUUCCAGGAUGUGAAGCUCAUUGUUUUUCCAAAGGCUUUUCCAACUGAGCACUGCUGAGAAGAGGAGAGGAGGCAAUAAACACGGGUCUUAGUUUUCUGGUUUAUAGUAAUCUUCAAGGUGUUUAUUUUGUAUUUCUGCAGCUAAAACCCUCUGGUUUCAAAGCAUUUUCAGUCCUCAGAUGUUUACUCAGAUAUCUAAGUUUCUAGCACUGAUUUUUAGCUCUGUAGCCUGUAGGUUAGAGCUGAGUGGAUCACAGCUCCUCAUAACCCGCAGGUGGCAGGAUGGGGUUGCAGCAUGUGUGCAGCACCAACUCAGCUGGCCAGUGCUGGGGGUCACCGAGGGAAAAGGUGGGUCCUGGUGAUGCCUUCAGCACCUAACAGGUGUGGUUCCCAUCCCAUGGAAGCUCCUGUGCCACCAUUAAAACUUUUUGCAUGAAAAAA